AAUUGUGUCCACCACGUCUGCGCUUGCCUCCGGAAAAUACUCCUCCAGGUGGGGAGGAGAGAAGUGACCGUGUAUAGGUGAGAGCUACUUUACAGUCACUGGGACAAAGGUGGAGCAGGAACAGGUAUCGCGGCUCCUGGGCGUUUUAACUUCAAUCCGCGUCAAGCCUACAGUUUUAAUAAUGGUUUUGACGCAAGAGUCCGUGUUGUUUUGGCUGACAGCGGAGGGGGGCAAAGUGAAGAAAUCCGACUUGGUGGAGAAGUUCAAAGCUGUAAUAGACUGCGAAGAUCCCGCAGAGAGAACACGGAACAGGGAGCUUUUUAAGACUAUUGUCAACAGUGUCGCCGUUGUCAAAGUAAUCGACGGAGUCCGUUACGUUGUCGUCAAUAAAGUGCACCAGCAUUUGUUGGACGGUGUCCAGACUGCGGAGAGCGCUGUGGAAAAGACUGAAAUUGAAGAGAUCCCGCUGACAGGUGAGCAGCAGCGCCCACCUGUGCGGAGUGAGAAGGCUGGAAGCUCUAAUAAUGCAGGAGGGGAGAUAUCAGCUGUGUCUGAUACAGAUCAAGAACAGGCAAGUGAAAGUGGUGAAAAUCCUACAGAAUUACUUUCUCCAAUGCAGCUGGCGUGGCAAAGCAGCAAAUAUUCGGAUGUUCGGGUUAAAAGAACACUGAAUUUUGAGAUCCAAAGGCAGGGCACCACUGGAGAUAACUGUUCAAGAAGGGCUGCAGUAAAUGAGCCGGCCAGAAUCCAGAGCAAACCAUAUGGCUUGCCUCUGAGGAUGCCACCCACCACAACCAGGGUAGAGAGCCACAAACUGAAGGUGGACCCAGAAAACCCUUCUGAAAGCCCCAAACUGGACUCGUCUAGGAAUAAGAAAAGGCCCCCUACAGUGGAGACGGGCACCAGCUCACCCCAGCUGAGACGGUCAGUGAAGAGCACUAAGGCGUCAGUGGAACCCAAAGAGACAAAGGCCUCCUACUUGGUUCCCUUGGAGCCGUCAGAGCAUCAAUGGCUGGUCAAGUGUGCAGCCGGCCACUGGAGCCAAGUUUACGGCAUGCUGCUGAAAGACAACCAGCUGGCCGAGAAAAGAGACUUCAUGUCAGGGUUCACCGCUCUGCACUGGGCAGCCAAGUGUGGAAACAGUGAAAUGCUUGUGAAGAUUAUCGACCUAUCGAGGCAAGGAGGAGUUGACAUUGACAUUAAUGCAAAAACACACGGCGGAUACACUCCUUUGCACAUUGCUGCCUUGCACGACCAGGAGUACAUCAUGGCCAUGCUGGUGGGGGAGCACGGGGCCAAUCCUAGCAUCAGGGACAACUACGGGAAGAAGGCCUAUCACUAUGUGCGCAAAGGCAUUUCUGAGACCGUGAGAGAGAUGUUGGGUGAACCCAAAGCCCGGGAGCCUCAAGACAGGGUCCUGCAUGAGAAAGAAGAGCUGGAGCUUUUCCCGGAUCUCUCCAAGGGCUUGCAUUCAAUAAGCCGUCUCUUCCAGCCCCACGUGACGGGCCCCAAGAAGAAGCACAAGCAGAGGCCAGGACUUUACUCCCUGAGCAAUGACCCGGGCCAGGAACCAGAAGACAGCAGCUUCAGACACAGAAUCGUAUCAGACGCUUUUAUGUAAACUUUAACAGGGCUGCGCGAUGUUAGGAAAAUAACUAAUUGUGAUAAGAUUCACGAUAUUGGAGGGAAUGAUCAUUUUAGUAUAAUUAUUCUCGUUUUCAUUGAAAAAUGUUUAAAAAAUGAUUGAAGUGUGAUUUUUUUUUUGCGAGGAUCUGUACCAAACUAAGAUGUUUUCUUUAGUCUGUGGGAUAAGAUUUGUAGGCUGGGAUGUGUCUGCAGCCACGGUAUUUAAUUUUAGAAUGAUUUGACAAAUACUUUGCCUUUAAAAAAUAUUAGAUUAGAUUCCGAUUAGAUUCAACUUUAUUGUCAUUACACAUGUACAGGUACAAUGCAACGAAAUGCAGUUUAGAUAGAGCCUCAGGGCCGCAGCUAUUUAAAGCGCCGCCACACGCACUCUGAAAAGGAUUUGAAAUAUAUAUGCAAUGUAGAUAUUGCACUAGUUCAUAUUGCAAUUUUGAUGAAAUUGCGAUAAAUUGUGCAGCCCCUAAACUUUAAACACUUCCUUGUCUUAUAUCUAUGAGGAAUUGUGUUGUCAAUCAUUAGAGAGUGUGACUGGCAUUCAUCUGAUAUUCAGGCCGUCCUCAACAGUGACAAAACAAGCCAUUCCUUAUUUGUUUUAUUUAAAUUUUAUUUGUCAGGUGACAUAAAAUGUGAAAGAUGAAAUGAAUGAAAAUAUGCUCUCAUCAGCAUAAUUGUUUGAUUUUGAGGGUAGGGUUUUAAUUUUGGAUGUUACCCGUAGCCCUAUGAGUUGAAUUCAAAGGUCAAAUUUACCGGUGUAAAUAAAACAUAAAUCAGAGAAUAUUCCAGUGGGUGCUGUGAGUCGUCUGAUUACUCACUGUCUACGGAAUCUCAAAGGCAUCACCAGAAUAACCAUAAACAAUGUGUUUAUAUGUUUAAUUACUGAUUAAUGAAUCUGUUUGUUUUUAAAUUGACAGUUUUUGUUUUUCAUUUACAUUUUAGUUAAAAGAAAGCGCACUUGUGUUAUAUAGUUCCAGUUACUAUGAUUUUAAAUUAACUGCACUCAAUGAGUCAGACUGUACACUGCUGCUUUUCCCAAUGUGCAUUCAUAACUCGUUUUUUAAAUGUCAGAUCUCUUCAUAUAUGUCUUCCCUAUUACACUGGGGGAUGAGGAGUGGGACAGAAUCUGUAGGAAUGUUAAAACUAUAUCACGGAUGUGAGGUUGCGCCUCAUUCAGUUCAAGAUUUUGCAACGCUUAAAUAUGGACUCGCUCCAGAUUGUUUAGAAUUGGUCUGAAAAAUUCACCACAUUGUUGGAAAUGUAAGACAGGGGACGGACUGAUGAAGUCCAGGAGUUUUGGACAAGGAUGCAUGCUUUGUGCCGGGGAGAGACGUGUAUUAUGGUGUUGUCAUUUUUACUGUAAAUGUUUAUUUUGUUUAUGGUUUAUUGUCUAUUUUGCUGAAUGGUUUUGAAUAUUGUUGUUAUUUUGUCAUCAUUUCUUUAUUUUGGUUUGGGUGAAUGGUCAUAAGGAAGGGGGAGGGGGGAGUGCGUUCGUGUGGAAAAUUGUAUGUUUUGUAUUGUUAAUCACAAUUCCCUAAUUCACUUUUGAUCUAACUAAAUCAUUGCUAACAAGGGCAUCACUUUAUGAUAACUAAAUUCUGCUGCUGAAGUAGCAGAGAGAUC